GGUAGUGGAACUCGAGGCAGAUUUACUGAGUCAGAAGAGCAACAAUGAUGCCAUGGCGGAAAACUUCAACAGCCAGAUGGCGUACUUGAGGGGCAGGCUGGCGGCAUCCACCGAGGAGGUGAAACGACUAUCUCAGCGAGCGGAUUUCGAAACAGGCAAAUUUGUGGAGCUGGCGCACAUGGGUAACAGAUUGUCGGAUGAUUUCAGCUCCCUGAAGGCUGUUCUGAGAUCCGGUGGCAAUUUGGUUGGGGAUGUAGACUACCGCAUACAGCUCCUACAGGACGGCUUGUACCAACUGGCAGGAGAGUUUCAGCGCUUAG